AUGGGCAACGCGCAGAGGAGGCACCGCGGCAAGGGGGGCGGCGGCGCGCGGGACAGGGAGGCGCAGGAGCAGCAGCAGCGCUCGGGGAGCGGCGCAGAGAAAGCCGCAUCGGAGACAAAGCCACGACAGCGUUUGACAGACCGAGAAGGUGAAGCUAAUGGCUAUUUACACGGUGAUCAAACGAGUGAAAGCUCUGAAGCUGGGAAGAUCUCCAGGUCGCAUGGAGCAGGGUCUCAGUCGGCUGUUGGUGACAGUUCCACUUCGCUUCCUCCUGCUGCGGCAAAACUAAAAAGUGAAGGAAACGAGUUAUUUAAGAGUGGACAGUUUGGAGAAGCUGUGCUCAAAUACUCGGAAGCGAUUGAACAUGCUGUCGGUGUAGGAGAACGAAGUCCAGAUGAUUUAAGUAUCUUGUACUCAAACAGAGCAGCGUGUUACCUCAAAGAAGGGAACUGCAGUGACUGCAUUCAGGAUUGCAACAGAGCUUUGGAGCUUCAGCCAUUUUCCCUUAAGCCUCUUCUACGACGAGCAAUGGCGAAUGAGUCUAUGGAGCGGUAUCGACAGGCAUACAUCGAUUAUAAAACAGUCCUGCAAAUAGACAGCAGCAUCCAAGCAGCAAAUGAUAGUGCUAAUAGAAUAACAAAGAUUUUAAUAGAUCAGGAUGGACCCAGCUGGAGGGAGAAACUGCCACCAGUUCCAGUUGUCCCAGUUGCUGCUCAGCUGCACCAUUGGGAUGGGGGAAACUCUGCUUCAGAGGAUAAGCUGAGAAGUACUACAGACACCAACAGGGAAGAACAGCUGCAGAUGAAUCCCGAGGAGAAGUUCAAGACAUUAAAAAGUGAAGGGAAUGAUUUGGUAAAAAAGGGUAAAUAUGAAGAAGCUGUAAAUAAAUACAGUGAAUGCAUGAAGUUAAACACUGAGGAAUGCACUAUCUACACUAACAGAGCUCUCUGUUACUUGAAACUGUAUAAAUAUGAAGAGGCUAAGCAGGACUGUGAUCAUGUUCUUCAGAUAGAAGAUUCUAAUAUUAAAGCUUUUUAUAGAAGAGCACUAGCGUACAAAGGAUUACAGAAUUAUCAAGCCAGUGUUGAUGAUUUCAACAGAGUACUUCUAAUAGAUCCAAAUGUUCUUGAAGCAAAAAAGGAACUAGAGGAGGUAACCCAGCUGCUUAACCCUGACAGCAAUGCUGUAGCUGGCAGUCAGCAGAAGCAAAGGAAGAAAAUAACCAUACAAGAGGUGACAGAAUCUGAUGAACAGGAAGAGAGACAGUUUGCAACAUCAGAAGAUGUUCUGACUGAUCACGUUACUUCUAAGGAAGCAGUUCAAAUGAGUGUGCCACUGAGGACCUCUGAGAAACUGCAUAUUUCUGAACCAUCUAAUGCUUAUGAUUUUGGUCAGAUUAUAAAUGCAGUGAAUUCCAGUAAGGAUAAAGCUGCUUGUGCAGAUCUUUUAAAAAUUAUUGAUCCAAAAAAAUUGCCAGUGCUGCUGAGUAACAAACUUGAAGGAGAAACCUUAUUGAUUUUUAUCCAGUCGUUGGAAUAUUACGUAGUUGGAAAAGAUCCUGGCCUUGUGUAUCAGCACCUUUUCUAUUUGAGUAAAGCAGAAAGAUUUAAGGUAGUGCUGGCCCUUCUUAGCAAAAAUGAAAAAGAACAGGUUCAACAACUGUUUGACUUACUUUCAGGAAAUCAGAAUAAUCCGUACUCUUCGGAAGACCUUGAGAGGCUUAAAAAGGUUUAUGAACUUUAA